AUGGAGAAUAAGGAAAAUGAACCUAAGUUGUUAAGUUGUAUGAUAAAAGGUCCUGCGCCUAUAUAUAAAUUACAGACUUUAGUUGGAUAUGAAGGUCAUUGUCUGUCUCGACCAAGGGGUCCAGCAUAUACCAUAAGACCUCGAACACAAAUACACGUAGAAAGUUUUGGACCUGGACCACGGUAUAAUGUCUCAAAAUUAACAAAUUAUGGAGUAGAUAGUCCUCCGGCAUAUACAAUAGCUGGGAGAGAACCAUUUAAAGUGAGAGAUUUUGGUCCAGGACCUGGAGCACAUUACCCAGAACUAUGUCCUCCAAUGAAUCACAAUAUUAGAGCUCCUGCUUAUAGUAUUAAAUCUAGAACUAGACUGAAACUGGAUGAUGCUGGACCUGGUCCAAAUGCAUAUAUUUUGCCAACAUGUAUAGGACCUAAAAUUCCUGAUAAAGUAGCUCAAGGUGCCUUUUCUAUAGCUGGUAUUCACAAAAUGAAAGAAAAAGAUGUUGGUCCUGGUCCAGCAGCUUACAAAAAUGUCAGUACUGAUCUUAUAAAACGUAGUUCUCCAGCAUUUAGUUUAAAAUGGAGGACUCAGUUGUCAGAAAUAGAUUUAAGCCCAGGACCACGAUAUUACCCUCAAUAUCAUGGUGCAAGACGUGCACCUAUGUACUCUUUUGGUAUAAGACAUAGCGAAUGUGCUGGCUUACCUAUUACAGAUUUAGAUGAAGACUAA